AAGAAACAAAUGACGAGUAGGAGAAAACUUUGAACUUGGAAAAGUGUUAAAAGUAGCAGUGCUCCAAAAUACUCAACUAUAGAUUGAUUCACUAUGGCUUCAACUGGAGAUGCCUUAUCCCGUGAGGUGCUACACAACGGCAGUUUGUCUCUAGAGGAACAGAAGCAGUUUACCGAGGCCUUGGAAGAACUAAAACAAUGGAAGACGAAGGUUGAAAAAGCGGACCAAGAGAAAUCCAGGCUGCUCCUGGAGAAACUAGACUCAGAAGAGACUAAGAGAAAAGCCCAGAAAGAGACUCUAGAUCUUAUGGAACUUCAGAAAAAGAGAAUGGAUGCUUCACAGAAAAUGAAGGAAGGACUAGAGGACAAAAUCUUGGAUCUUGAGAAACACAACAGGGCCCUAGAGGACCAGUUAAAGGAAUAUGAAAAGAUACUUGAAAACAAAAAGGCAGAGUAUGCCUCUCUCCAGAAGAAGUUCAAGAUUAAUGCAGACAUCCCUGUGAAGAAAGUGGUGUUCACUGGAGUGGAGAAGAAGGAGAGUAGAGAGAACUGUCAGAACACUGAGUGCAUGUUCACCAUUACCCAAAGGCCCUUAAUUCCCCUUAAGGGUGGCCAGGCCCUCAUCACCUUUGAGGAAGAGGAAGUGGCAGGAAAAAUCCUAAAGCAGGCCAAGUGCCCAGUGACAAUUGAAAACAAGAGGAUGGAUGUGAAGCCCUCUUGUGUAUCACUGGAGCCCACAGUGAAAUUUGAGGUGCACCUCAAUGUCUCUAAGAGGAAGAUCCAGUUCUCCAAUGCCCCACCAGUUCUGCCCGAGGAGCGCAUGAGGGACCGCCUGGAAGCGAGCUUCUCCAAGCCCAGCCAAGGAGGAGGGGAGGUGGAAGAAGUGGUCUACAACAAGGAUACAGGGACGGGACAAAUUGUCUUUCUCAACACUGGAGUUGCAGAGAAUUUGGCCCUCAAGAAGAAAUAUAAUGUAGAUGCCAGUCGUGAGGUUGUCAUCAGUAUCUAUCCAUAUUUUGAAUACCAGCUAAAAAAGUUUCAGACUUUCUGCGGGGUGUCUAAGCGGACUGUGUUGCUGAGUGGCAUCGAAGAUAUCCAAGAGGAGGAAGACCAGCAGGACCUCCUGGAGAUCCACUUCCAGAAACCCAGCAGCCAUGGAGGAGAGGUGGAGAACAUCAAGUAUCUAUCCAGGGGGAAGAAUGCUGAGGCCAUCUUCACUGAAGAUACCACAGAGCCUGAGACCUAGAGUGAAUGACUCUGGCUCUGGCUGCAUUAUGGUGGAACAUAACACUUAUAGUAACCAUUGAGUUUAAUAUCAGCGCUUCCAUUGAUCUGAAAGGUGCUCUCACAGAUUUGAUUCAUGAUGCACUUCAUCACGAAAAGGCAACACGCUCAUACAAGCAUCAAAAGGUUUAACUCUUAUUCUGUUACAUGUUCUUAUAUAUAUAGACAAUAGUGUUAUUUUACCGUGG